AUGGUUCGCCUUACGCCAUGCUCGAGGUACGACGAAGCUGACCACAAAAGCAACCACGCCAGUCGAGAGCCUUGCUUGAGGAGGCCAUACGAUGGCGAGUGUCAUUGGGGGCUCGAGCUCGUAAUCAGGCUCGUGACGUUGUUGGCUCCUGGCCUGACCCGUGAUCGUGAUCGUGAUUGCUGUAAUUACUGUGUGACCUCGGACGGGCGUACGCAGACCCGUGAUAGCUUGCAAAUUGGCGAAGCUUUGCAUACCGGCCCGCCAUCAUGGGCACAAUUUUGGAGAGUCGACGACGGCGGCAUGCCCUUGAAGAAGUGGAAACUGGGAAGUGACGUGACGGGACAAGCCAGCGGACCCGAGGACGCAAGCAUGAUCCAUCAUCCCGCACCAACCAUCCCACGCCGUUUGAGUGCCCUCAUUUUGGGGGUUAAAGAAAACACUAUUUCGGAGUUAGUCUGGGCCCGAUGA